UACACGACCAGGCCAUAAGAGACGGCCAUUCGCAUCGGUUCCCCACGGCUGAGGGAAACAAGAGCCCCUAGAAAGGCUCUCGGUGGAGAGAGACGACACACAUCACAGAGGACACACAAUAAUGCGUUUGUCGGAGACAGCGGCGACAGCGGCGUUGUGCCUGGCGGGGGCCAGCAACGUCGCGGGUUUUCAGUCACCGUGGGUGGGGGGACGAGCGGUGGGCGGGGCGGAGCAGCGGCAGCGAGGGGUAACAGCAGCAGCAACGGAGGCGCCGCAGAGCAGACCGGGGAGGGCAGUGUCGUCGGUGUCCAUGGUGGCCAACAUGGAUAAGACCAAGGGAAAGGGGAAGAAGGGAGCUGAGCUCCCCAACGUCAAGGUUUCGGCCAAAGACCGGCGAAUGGGUUCCAAGACUGAGGCGGACAAGAUGGACUCGGAGAGCUUCCCCAUUCUUGAGGACCUCGAGGAAGCCGAGGACACAAACAUCAAGGUGACUCCGAACGCGUGGAAGUGGCCAGCACUUUGGCCCUACACCCCCGACUACUUCGCCCGCCCGGAUGAGUCGGAAGACGAAAAGGCCUUCGCGACCGCCCGGAUGCAGCCCUGCCUGGAGGGGAGCCCCAAGGAGGCCCUGGUGGAGCACUACGCCCGGUUCCUCACGGAGGGCGCGGCGGUCCUAGAGAUCGGGGCAUCCGUGGACUCGUACCUUCCGGAGGACUUGUCCUUCUCCAAGGUGGUCGGCGUCGGCAUGAACGACGAGGAGAUGAAGGCGAACCCUCGCCUCACGGACACCCUCGUGCAGAACCUCAACAGCAAGCCGGAGCUUCCUUUCCCUGCCGAUUCGUUCGACUUCGUGAUGGUCCCGAACUCGAUGGAGUUCUUCACCAACCCCCGCCUCGUGAUGCGCGAGGUGUACCGCGUGCUCAAGCCCAAGGGGCUGUGCAUGAUCCCCUUCACCAGCCAGGGGGCGUACAAGGAGUACGAGAAGAAGCAGAUCAGUAUGUGGAAGACCAUGAAUGACGCGCAGCACAUGUGGAUUAUCGGUUCCUUCUUCAAGUUCAGUGCCGACGCUGGGUGGGACGAUUUGAAGGGGUACGAUAUGUCCACGGGGGAGAGCAACAUGCUGACCAAGCUUGUGGGUAACAGCAACGAGCUCUUCGUCGUGCAGGCUACCAAGGCCAUCCCGCCGGACGAGUCGGACAUUGGCAACACCCUCCGCAACCGUCUGUACGGCACCAGGUCCCUCGACACGGACGACGUGGACUUCGCCGCCCUACGGUUGCACGCCACCUACCGCAAGGCCAAGACGGAGGAGGAGAAGCAGGCCGCGCUGGCGCUGGUCGACCCGCUUGUGUCGGUGUACGACGUGCUUACCGAGCUGCCGGCCGGCGUGCUCUUCGCGCCUUACAAGGCCAUCCUUGCAGAGGCCCUGGCCUCGUCGUGCUGGACGGGCUCGGAGGAGCAGAUCGCGACUCUCAGGGAAGGGCUGGGGCUCACGCCGGCCGGGGACGAUUUCUGGAGACCCCUGGGCGAGGCGACGAAGUUCUUGCACCCGGAGGACAGGGUGCGGCUUCUGGUGGACUUCGUGAGGGCGUUCUCCGGCGGGGAGGAGAUGCGGCGGGCGCUCCUGGAGGUCAAGGAUGUGCUGGGGCCGGUGUCCGAGACGCUCAAGGAGAAGAGGCCGCUGUGGAGCAAGUCGGACAUCGAGCUCAUGACUACCGAGCUCAUCGUCACCGACUUCAUUGGUGACACGAAGGAGGGGCGCGAAGGGUUCUUGGAGUGGCUGAGAGGAGUGGACUCUCUCCAGCUGGAGGUGUGGGCGGACGAGCGCAAAAACUUUAAGGUCAAGGCCAAGGAGGAAAUGGAGUCUGGCGGGCUUCGAACAGCGGCGAUAUAGGCUGCUUGCUCGUCCUUCCUUCCUCCGGAACCGGCGGCAACAAGACAAGUCUAGUUUUGACAAAGCUUCUGGGCUGCUUGCUUGCCGGCUUUCUUCCCUCAACAGCAACUAAACCAGUUUAGUUUGGAAAGGGUUUAAUGUUGCGAGAAGAAGACUUGUGCACGUUCGUUCGUUCGGUUCGACAGGUCGACGCGCAACGAUUUGCUGUUUUUGUUGUUUUUGUUCUUGCAGCAACAGUGCUUACCCGAUUGAGCUGUUGAGCCGAACGGACUGCAGGAGGUUGUUGUUGUAGUUGCUGCUGCUGCGGUGGCUAUUGGCGGGGUGUUUUGAGUUGAAUUUUUUAGUCGAAGACCCCCGCUCGCUGAUGCUGCUUUGAGUUAAUUAAUUUAACCAAGAGUAUUUAGGCUGAGCGAUUGCUGAGAAAGGAGGACAGCAUGGCAGUUGAGGUCUAUUGGUGUGGUGUCUGUUUCGCGUGGUUCAGAUUACUUUUUGCCGACCUACAGAAGUAUUAGAGGCCUCCGAGGGCAGGCAGACACGACCGACAGACAGCAUAUAGCUUUUUUGCUGUGUGCGCAUAGCCACGUUGUUGUUGAGCUUCUUUCUUUUUUCUUUCGACAAUCCUUUACAGAGGCGUGCGGCCGCAGUGGGGCGGGGGGCGGGGUUGUACCACUUCGCGAUGAUGGUGCGCAUGCCGUGAUUUUCCGGACAUACCGUGUACCGCACACCUACCCGUGGUACGAUCCCGGGACGGCGCGGAAAAUGCUGAAUGUUUCGCCGACCAUGGUGAUCGGGCGAAGACGCACGACGAUGCACCAAGUGUGCUGCUCCUCCCCGGUGUGGGUUCGGUGGGCGAGCCCAAUUUCUCGCAGACCGGCGGCAGGGUUUUUGCAUUUUGGUCUUCCUCUGACCACGGUUCGUGCAACAGUAGGUUUAGCGGUGAGUUGUACAAGGGCUGAGCGAAACCACUGAGGGGGGGUCGGACGAGCGUAUCGUCUAGAGAGGAUAGAAAUCGUAAUGAUGAUGGAGUGAGGGGGCGGGGGGGCGGCUCCGGUGAAUAAAAAGUCAGUCGUUCACCGUGAAAGAAUCGUCUUGGUGCUGGUACAGGGUGGGGCGGCUCCAGCAGGAGACGUGGCGUCAUCUCUGAACCUCCUCAACAUGUAUUCGACAUGUUUUGUUGAAUAAAUGCAGUGUCGCAUCUUGCUCUCGCCUUUCUUUGUACGAAGGUGCGUGCCGUGCUGUUUGCGGCAGGAACCUCGUUCGUAGUUUUCUCCUUUGUUUUUCCUGACGCCGUCGGCGUAUGUAGUGACACGGCAAACGGGUACCCCGCAAUUAAUUGUAAUUUCGAGUAAAGUGUGUGGUUGGUAGCUCACACAUGAGCCACAGCAGCGAGUCUUGCUUGUGGAUCAACCCGCACGUGGUGCCCCAUGCUGAUGCUGAUGCUGUCCAUCGUAUCACAUGCUUGGGGACCCCCCCGCGCGUGGAAGGAUGCACGGUUAUUCACCACGUUUGUGCGGGACGCGGCGGGACGGCACCGUGAAGCGG